AUGAUUGACAGCAACAUCUCUCUGAGUACUCUUACAAUUACACCUCUUACAUACAGAGAUCGUAUCACAGUCGAGUUCGGAGUCUAUGGAACAUGCGUCGUUUUCAAUCUUUUAUUAUGCAUAUUUUUCGUUUGUCGUCCACAUCUUUUGAGGUCUUUCAAGCCCACGAUAUUCUUCGUUACCCUGGGAACAUUUGUUCUUUCUCUUCCGUUAUUUUUCCUUCAAUUCUAUCUUGUUGUAUUCCUUUGGUCACUUGUUGAGCCACAGUAUACAGUCGCAGUUUGCACUUUUGUCAAAUGUAUCACCAGUUCCACAACUUCCUGUGCACAGGUGCUUCCUCUGCCAGUUGCCAUAUUCCGAUACUUCAUAGUCGUCAGAAAUCGAAAAAUGCCAUCGUGGUUUGUAGUUGUCGUUCAUUCGUUCAUUUCAGUUGUCUUUUUUGUGAUUGCAAUGUUAAACUAUCCAUUGGGAGAAUUCGAAACAAAUGAUCAAUGUGCAAUACUACGAUUCAGUAAAGCGAUGGAAGCGGUUCGGAUAUCCCUGACACUGGGACUCAAUCUCUUUGCGGUUUUCAUCAACGUCGCAAUAUACACGUUUGUCAAAAAAUACGACAAAAGGAGUUUCGGUCAGUAA